GGAUGCUCUAUCUGUCCAUUCCCCCUUCGUUGCUGUGACCCUGCAUUUUGCUUCUCUGCAUCAUUGGGGUUUUAAUCGGAGGGGUUCUCUUCAGAUCUCUGUCGCAUUUCUGCGUCAUCAUUUCAUUUGCCUUAGAUCGCCUGGUCUCUUGCGAUCCUUUUACUCUUUCUUGUAUUCGUUGAUCUUCGAAUCCACCUGAGAAAAUGUACGGAUUCGAAGCUCUCACUUUCAACGUUCAUGGCGGAUAUCUUGAAGCAAUUGUCCGAGGUCACAGAUCUGGCCUUCUCACAGCUGCCGAUUACAACAAUCUUUGCCAAUGCGAAACCCUAGACGAUAUCAAGAUGCAUCUCUCCGCCACUGAGUACGGUCCUUAUCUGCAGAACGAGCCUUCACCCCUGCAUACAACUACUAUUGUGGAGAAAUGUACCCUUAAAUUGGUUGAUGAGUACAAGCACAUGUUAUGCCAAGCCACUGAGCCUUUAUCAACCUUUCUAGAAUAUAUCACGUAUGGUCACAUGAUUGACAAUGUUGUCCUUAUUGUUACUGGUACCUUGCAUGAGAGAGACGUGCAGGAACUAUUAGAGAAAUGCCAUCCUUUGGGUAUGUUUGAUAGUAUUGCUACACUUGCAGUUGCGCAGAAUAUGCGUGAGCUUUACAGAUUGGUGCUUGUUGACACACCAUUGGCUCCAUACUUCUCUGAAUGCAUUACGUCUGAGGACUUGGACGACAUGAAUAUUGAAAUUAUGAGGAACACUCUUUACAAGGCUUAUCUUGAGGAUUUCUACAGGUUUUGUCAAAAACUUGGGGGUGCUACCGGUGAGAUCAUGUCUGACCUCCUAGCUUUUGAAGCUGAUCGAAGAGCUGUUAAUAUCACAAUCAACAGUAUCGGCACCGAACUGACACGAGAUGAUCGCAGGAAGCUUUACUCUAGCUUUGGUUUACUCUACCCCUACGGCCAUGAGGAACUUGCUGUAUGUGAGGACAUCGACCAGGUUCGCGCUGUCAUGGAGAAAUAUCCCCCUUACCAGUCUAUAUUUGCUAAAAUGUCUUACGGGGAGAGCCAAAUGUUGGACAAGGCCUUCUACGAGGAAGAGGUGAAAAGGCUCUGCUUGGCAUUUGAACAACAGUUCCACUAUGGUGUUUUCUUUGCAUACAUGAGGUUGCGGGAGCAGGAGAUCAGGAAUCUGAUGUGGAUCUCUGAAUGUGUGGCUCAGAACCAGAAGUCUAGAGUUCAUGACAGUGUUGUGUUUAUAUUUUAGUUGCUAGACAGCCCUUAAGGACAAAUCACAUGGCAUUUUCCAUAUCUUGUAUACAUUUUUUCUUAUUUAUUUCUCAUUCUCUGUUGAUUGUUGUAAUUUGCAGAUAUUGUGCCCCUGCUGUCCCCCUCCCUUCCUUGAUUCUCAAUCAGUUGUAGAGGCUGAUAAAUAAUUACAUUUCCAUAUUUUUUUUAGGGGAAGAAAUUCAGUGGAAAUAAUAUAUAUCAGUCUACUAGAGUUUGCUUUGCA